GCAUGUUAAGCCCAGACCCGAUUUGGAAUUCAGACCCGAACCAAAUAGACACGUUUCUUGUACUCCACGUCGUACUACAAAAGCCCUAGUGUCUUCUACACACAUAUAAAACCCUCUUUUCUCGGCCUUUAUUUUGUUGCCUCUAAAAAUUUGGAUUGCUAGGGUUUGUGAGUUGUUGAGUAGAGAAAGAUGAAGGUGAUCGCUGCGUAUUUGCUUGCUGUGUUGGGAGGGAACACCACCCCUUCUGCUGAAGACAUCAAGAACAUUCUCGGCUCUGUUGGUGCUGAAGCUGAUGAUGACAAGAUUGAGCUUCUUCUGUCACAAGUUAAGGGAAAAGACAUAACAGAACUUAUUGCUGCUGGGCGAGAGAAGCUGGCCUCAGUGCCUUCUGGUGGUGGUGCUGCGGUUGCAGUGGCAGUUGCAGGUGGUGCUGAUACUGGUGCCACUGCUGCUGCCGCUGCUCCUGCUGCUGCUGAGUCUAAGAAAGAGGAAAAGGAGGAGUCAGAGGAGGAAGAUGGUGGUCUCUUUGGUCUCUUUGAUUAAGGGGUUGAUCGUUUUUCUCUCCAUUCGAAGCCCUUCUCAAUUCAGAGCUCCUAAUUAGAUGUUGAAGUUUACUCAUGUAGAGUAACCUAGUUUCAGUUAACAUUAGGUAGAAAAGACGCCUUAUGAGUGCAGCUAUUCUGAUUUUAAUUUUUCAGUGUAUGGGAAUUUGGUUUGUUAUGUUAUGGAUAUCAUAUCUUUCUUUUUU